AUGGAGUCACGUAGGGACAUAGAGUUCCGUAAAGACCUAACAUUUAUCACGGGUAUCAUGAAUGGGGAUAUAGAAAUUGACUCACAAUUUUUGGGAACGUUUCAAAAUACUCUUGUGUCAGUUUUUGAUUCUCCACCUCCACCUCCACCACAAGUUGAAAAUGCCUCUUCUACAAAAGGAAAACGGGGCUCUAACUUUACUGUAGAGGAAGAUAAACUCUUAGUGGCAGCAUGGCUCAAUACUAGUGUUGAUGCCAUAAACAGUAAUGAACAAACACAAAAUACUUUUCGUCAAAAAGUUUGGGAAUAUUUCAUGCAGUACAAUAUAUCCGGUACCACACGUACUGUUAUCUCCUUGCUAAGUCGUUGGGGAACGAUUAGUGAAAAGAAAAAUAAGUUUGCUGGGUGUAUGGCUCAAAUUAACGCACUUCAUCAAAGUGGUAUAACCAAAGAAGAUAAGAUUACCAAUGCGAAGGCUUUGUAUUUAGAGAAGCACAAGAAACCCUUUCUUCUUGACCAUUGUUGGCUCAUGUUAAAGGACCAACCAAAGUUUGUCGAUCCUAACAAUGCUAGAUCGAGAUCAUCCGUGCCUCCAACUUUGGAGUCAAUAUCAAUUAGUGAAGGGGAUUGUGGGUCCGGACUUGGUGACACUUCCAAUUUUGAGAGACCUAUUGGUAGGAAGGCCGAAAAGGCCAUCUGA